GAGAGGUUAAGGGGGAAGACUUAAGAUCUUCUGCACAUAAGUGCGCGUGGGUUCGAACCCCACAGCCAGCAUUAUUUUUGUCAUUUUUUAAAAUAUUUUUAUUUUUUGGCUACUUCAAUAGUAUUUUUUGGCGUUGAUACAUAAAAUCACGUGGAAACAUACUCAUAGUAUCUGCCAAUGAUGCACGGAAGGUAGCUAUGUUUCGUGUGUUUACAAUCGAUCUGUAUGUUACUGUUGGAAGAAGACAGAGACACCUGAAGCUUAGUACUUGUACGAGGAGGAAGGGAAGUGUACCCAACAACAACAUCAAGCCAAACGUGAAAGACCCCGACAUCCUUAAAUGGAACAAAGCUAUUUCUACCCACAUGCGCAAUGGCCAUUGCGACUCUGCUCUCCACGUCUUCAACAAUAUGCCUCGUCGAAGCUCCGUCUCCUACAAUGCCAUGAUAUCUGGCUACUUGAGGAACUCCAAGUUCAACCUUGCAAGGGAACUGUUUGAUCAAAUGCCUGAAAGAGACUUGUUUUCCUGGAAUGUAAUGCUUACUGGCUAUGUCAGGAACCGAAGACUCGGUGAUGCUCGCAGACUGUUUGAUUUAAUGCCUGAUAGAGAUGUUGUUUCCUGGAAUGCCAUGUUGUCUGGUUAUGCUCAGCAUGGCUAUGUUGAUGAUGCAAGGGAGGUUUUUGAUAAUAUGCCUCAUAAGAAUUCCAUCUCAUGGAAUGGCCUCCUUGCUGCCUAUGUUCAUAAUGGCAGAAUCGAGGAGGCUUGUCGGUUGUUUGAGUCCAAAUUGGAUUGGGACUUGAUUUCUUGGAAUUGUUUGAUGGGUGGGUUUGUUAGGAGAAAAAAGUUAGGUGAUGCUAGGUGGCUUUUUGACCAAAUGCCUAUAAGGGAUGCAAUCUCAUGGAACACUAUGAUUUCAGGUUAUGCCCAGGAUGGAGAUUUGUUGCAGGCUAGGAGAUUGUUUGAUGAAUCUCCAAUACGGGACGUGUUCACAUGGACAGCUAUGGUGUCUGGAUAUGUGCAGAACGGUAUGCUGGAUGAAGCUAGGAACUUUUUUGAUGAAAUGCCUCAGAAAAAUGAAAUUUCAUACAACGCAAUGAUUGCGGGAUAUGUGCAAUCCAAGAAAAUGGAUAUGGCAAGGGAGUUAUUUGAAGCUAUGCCAUGUCGGAAUAUAAGCUCGUGGAAUACCAUGAUUACCGGCUAUGGUCAGAAUGGAGAUAUUGCUCAGGCUAGAAAAUUGUUUGAUAUGAUGCCGCAGCGUGACUGUGUAUCUUGGGCAGCUAUUAUUGCUGGUUAUGCUCAGAGUGGUCAUUACGAAGAGGCUCUCAACAUGUUUGUAGAGAUAAAAAGAGAUGGAGAAAGUUUAAAUAGGUCUACCUUUGGUUGUGCUUUGAGCACAUGUGCUGAUAUUGCUGCUUUGGAGUUGGGGAAACAAAUUCAUGGGCAGGCGGUGAAAACAGGAUAUGAGACUGGGUGUUUCGUGGGGAAUGCGCUUCUUGCAAUGUAUUUUAAAUGUGGCAGCAUAGACGAAGCUAAUGACAUAUUUGAAGGAAUAGAAGAGAAAGAUGUCGUUUCUUGGAACACGAUGUUAGCUGGUUAUGCCAGGCAUGGUUUUGGAAAACAGGCUUUAAUGAUAUUUGAGUCAAUGAAGACAGCGGGUGUUAAGCCAGACGAAAUUACCAUGGUUGGUGUUCUUUCUGCUUGUAGUCACACUGGCCUUUUAGACAGAGGAACUGAAUACUUCUAUUCGAUGCAAAAAGAUUACGGUGUAACACCAUCUUCAAAACAUUAUACUUGCAUGAUUGAUCUUCUUGGCAGAGCUGGCCGUUUAGAAGAAGCACAGGACUUAAUGAGAAACAUGCCUUUUGAGCCGGGAGCUGCUUCAUGGGGAGCUCUACUUGGUGCAAGUCGGAUUCAUGGCAAUACUGAACUGGGUGAGAAGGCUGCUGAGAUGGUUUUUAAGAUGGAGCCUCAGAACUCGGGAAUGUAUGUCCUUCUUUCAAAUCUAUAUGCAGCUUCUGGCAGAUGGGCCGAUGCUGAUAAGAUGAGACUGAAGAUGAGGGAUGUUGGUGUACAGAAAGUACCUGGCUAUAGUUGGGUUGAGGUACAAAACAAGAUUCAUACUUUCUCAGUUGGCGAUUGUUCCCAUCCAGAAAAAGAGAGAAUAUAUGCCUUCUUAGAAGAGCUAGAUUUUAAAAUGAGGCAGGAGGGAUAUGUUUCUUCAACAAAAUUGGUUCUGCAUGAUGUGGAAGAGGAAGAGAAAGAGCAUAUGCUCAAGCAUCACAGUGAAAAAAUAGCUGUAGCUUUCGGAAUUCUGACCAUACCAGCUGGCAGACCAAUCCGCGUCAUGAAAAACUUGCGUGUGUGUGAAGACUGUCAUAAUGCCAUCAAGCAUAUAUCGAAGAUUGUUGGAAGAUUGAUAAUCUUAAGGGAUUCUCAUCGCUUUCACCACUUCAGUAAGGGCAUUUGUUCAUGUGGGGAUUAUUGGUAAAACGGAGAUAUCAAAGCUAUGGUAAAAGUAAAUGCUCUCUGAGCCUAUCAUAUUCUCAUGGAAGAAGUGCUGAAAUCCGUGAGGAGCGCACUUAUAUCCGCCCGGUUGGUUAUGGACUUAGUAUCCAUGUGAAUCAGGUGAUUGGAAAAUCUGAGUUAUUAAUUCAAACUACUUCAUACCGACCAAGAGGAGGUAUCAUCUGAUGAAAGUUUGAAUUCGAUAUAUCUUUGAAUUAUGUCAGAGAAUGCAAAUCGCUGAAAAAGAUAGCAUGAAAUGAAUAGAAUGUAUCAAGAAUGAACUCAAUUAUCAGACGGCUAGAACAAUGCUCUUCGUAAAAGAUUGGCAACUUGUCAAAAGUAACCAGAACGCAAGAUAGGAAAUAGGAAACUGGGUGCAAUAGCAACUUCUGACAAACCUUACUGCUACUCAUUGAUUGAUUGAUUGCACCCCUUACAAGAUAAUGAAAUGCUUCGUUUUUUUUAUUACUUUUUAUGUAUUGGGGUUCAUUGUGAUAAUGUUUUGUUGUAUUUUACUCCCUUUGUAACAAAGUAUAAACAAAAAAUUGCAUGUACUUUUUUGGAGCCGAGUACCCAAACAAAAAAGCAACUACUCAGUCUGAAAA